AUGGCACAGGCCGACCCCGUCUCCUGGCAGUCUCUCGCCCACAGCGGCAAGCUUUCGCGGGCGCUCGACAAAGAGGACCCGGCUACGCCCUGGAUCAAAAAGCUGCGGGUCCGAAACCUCGAGCCGUCGCCGGAGCCCUACACUCUUCGCAUCGCGAUGCCUUGCACCUGCGGCGGCUGCAUCGCCGCGCACGAGAUGAAGCCGGAGCGCGGCGGUGCGACGAAGAAGGGACUGGUGAUGGUUUGGGACGAGACGAAGCAGACGUGCAAGCUCGAAGCCGACCAGCUCUCCGCUGUCGUUGCGGCUGCGGCCCUGGCGCCGGCUAGCUCGGCGGCCGCGUCGAGCGAGGAGCCUCCGCCGCCCGUCGGCAGCACAACUUCAGAGGUUGCUGGCCCGCCGGAGGAGGAGGAAGCAGCCGAGCCAGCAGCGCCGCCCUUGCAGAGGGAGGCGGAAGGCUUGCGCUUGCACCUCUCUAGCAGCAGCGGCACUGGCUAUCAAAGUGUUUACAAGCUGCCCUCUGGCCGCUUCGCCCUCUCGCCCUCUCGCCCUCUCGCCGCGCAGAGCCCGCGGCUCUUUCUUGGCUCCUUCGGCACAGCGGUGGAGGCGGCUGCGGCUUACGCGAGGGCGGUCGGCGAGCCACCGGCGGCGUCAGUGUUUGAGGGCAUGCGUUUGCACCUCUCCAGCAGCAGCAGCACCGGCUACGAGGGCGUGCACAGGCACGCCUCUGGCAAAUUCGUGGCGACUCGCUACGAGCACGGAAGGGUGGUCCACGAGGAGGCGGAGGGCGGCCCCGCCUCGCAGAUGCAUUCGUCGCGCAAGAACAAGCCGCAGCGUUGCUCGGUUUGCGGCGGCAUCGGCCACAAGUCGCGCACCUGCCAGCAAGCGGUCGUGGAUGGCGCCUUCUUCGACGUCACCGUCCCUGCCGACUUGCCCGCCAGCCGCAAGGUCCACGUCGCGAUGCCCGCUACGCCUCCGCGGCCUCCCCAAGCGCUUGCCCGGACGGCAGAGGCGCCGCUGGCGACAGAGGCGGAGGGCUUGCAGCUGCACCUCUCCAGCAGCAACAGCACCGGCUACAAGAACGUGUACAAGGAGGGCUCGCGCUUCAAAGCGCAGGACAGGCGGGACAGAAAGACCGCACCGCUCGCGGCUGAGGCGGAGGGCUUGCGCUUGCACGUCUCCAGCCGCAGCAACAACAGCACCGGCUACACGGGCGUGUUCCGGCAGUCCAACUCCCGCCGCUUCGAGGCAAAGCACAUGGUGGACGGAAAGACUGAGCAGCUCCUCGGAUGCUUGCAGCAGUUCGUGCAGCAGGCGGGCGAGGAGCUGAAGUCGCUGGUCACGAGCUUGCGCGAGUUGCUGGACAGCGCGGAGCCGUCCUCGCGCCUUGGCACCCUGUUGUGCAACAGCCGCGCGUAUCAGGGCGACGAGGCGACGCAGCCAGCGGAUGCGAGUCGGCGUACGGCGUGGUUCAAGUCGACUCGGGUCGGUUCUGGCGCGUCGUGGUCGUUCGAGCCGCUCGGCUUGGAUCGGGCGCGCCCCUGCGACAGCGCCGAGAUCCUGCUCGAGGCCCGGCAGAGGGUGGGGCCGGAAUGCGAGCGCGUGCUGGCGGGGAUCAGCCCUCCAUCCCUCCUGGCGCGUGCCACGGCGCGUACCCCGGCACCGCUCGUGACAGAGGCGGAGGGCAUGCGCUUGUACCUCUCCAGCAACGGCACCGGCUACAGGGGCGUGCGCAAGGACUCUGGCCGCUUCCAGGCGCGGCACAGGGUGGACGGAAGGCGGGACUCCCUCGGCACCUUCGACACGGCGGUCGAGGCGGCGGUGGCGUACGCGCGGGCGGUCAGCGAGGCGCCUGCCCAGGGGUCGGCUGCCGCCGGCAGCGAGGCGCUCGGCUCGGACGAGGGCGAGGGCGAGGACGAGGAGGGCGAGGCCCGCUGCUUGUGGGGACGCUUGGGGGCGCAGCAGCCGAGCGCUGCUUGGGCGGCGGACCCUCCGCACAAGCGGGUCCGCACGGCGAAGCGUCCAUACGAGCCGCCGGAAGGGCCGCCGCCAAAGCACCGCUCGGCUGCUGCGCCCCCAAGCGUCCCUACACGCCGGCUCACCGACGCCGAGCUUGUCGGGCUGCCUGCCGGGCUCUGCGGCCAGUACCAACAGGGCCUCUGCCACAAGGGCGGCAAGUGCAAGUGGAGGCACGAGCUAUGGCCAGGGCUUCAGGAGCGGCUCCGCACGGCGAAGCGCCCGCUCGAGCCGUUCGAAGGGCCGCCGCCAAAGCGGCGCUCGGAUGCGGCGCGCGCCUUUGGCUGCAUUCUGCCGGCAGGCCACGGCGGGCCGCACGAUUUUACGCUGCCGGCCAAGCGGGCUCGCUGCGAGAAGCGCCCGAGCGAGGCGGAGGCGGGGCGCAAGACGUGGUUCUGCACGCUUCACGCGCCGGCGGUGGUGGUGGUGGCGGAGGCGGAGGGCAUGCGCUUGCACCUCUCCAGCAGCAGCAGCACCGGGUACAGGGGCGUAUCGAAGAAUUCUGGCGGCUUCCGAGCGCAGCGCAAGGUGGACGAUAGGCCUAGACACAUCGGCACUUUCGGCACGGCGGUGGAGGCGGCGGUGGCGUAUGCGCGGGCGGAGGCGCCUCCCGACAAUGGCGGCAUGGCGGCCGUCGCCGAGGCGCUCGGGCGCAUCGGGCUGCAGUCCUACGCUGCCGCGUUUGACUCCGAGGGCUACGACGACAUCGAGUUUCUGCUCGGGCUGGACAGCGCCGAGCGGGCAGCCGUGGCGACGGCGACGGGCAUGGACGCGAAGCCGGGGCACGCGGGGAAGUGGGUCAAGUUCGGCUUCGGGGAGCCCUGA